AUGACCCGAAAACAGGUGAAUGGCGUAAGACACAACGAGGAGUUAUAUGACUUAUAUAGCAGACUGCAUAUAGUAAAGGAGAUAAAAAGAAAAAGAUUAGAAUGGGCAGGUCAUGUGUGGAGGAAACAUGAUGCUAUGACAAAGACGGUCUUACAAGAGAAUCCAAGAGGGAAAAGACCACUAGGAAGACCCAGAAUGCGAUGGGAGGACUGUGUCUAA